UUGGGGUUUGACUAGAAGUAAGCCAGGAUCCUGCCCGGUUGUCCACGGCUCCUCCUCCUGUCGCUGCUGGCGUGAUUCCUGGGACUCAGGUAUUUUUUUUUCUGCCCUCCUGCAGCGCAGGCUUUGGCAGAGUUCUCCCGGAGAGCCGCCGGUGCUGGAGUGACAGGUAAAGAAAUGAAUGGGACCCUGCAGGGAGAGAGGCGACAUCUUGUGCAGGGCUCGUUUACCGUUGCAAACGCGUUGCUCUACAACCCAGAAUGGACCACACAUCCCCGACCUACAUGCUUGCUAACUUAACGCACUUACAUUCUGAACAGCUUCUGCAGGGCUUGAAUCUUCUUCGUCAACAUCACGAACUCUGUGACAUCAUUCUUCGAGUAGGUGAUGUUAAAAUCCAUGCUCACAAAGUGGUACUUGCCAGUAUCAGCCCAUAUUUCAAAGCUAUGUUCACUGGAAACCUUUCUGAAAAAGAGAACAGUGAGGUUGAGUUUCAGUGCAUUGAUGAAACUGCUCUCCAGGCCAUUGUGGAGUAUGCCUAUACAGGGACUGUUUUUAUUUCUCAGGACACAGUUGAAUCUCUCCUUCCAGCAGCGAACCUACUCCAGAUUAAACUUGUCCUGAAAGAAUGUUGUGCAUUUCUUGAAAGCCAACUUGAUCCUGGUAACUGUAUUGGAAUCUCUCGUUUUGCAGAGACGUAUGGUUGUCAUGACCUUUAUUUGGCAGCCACUAAAUAUAUAUGCCAGAAUUUUGAAGCCGUUUGUCAGACUGAAGAGUUUUUUGAGCUUACACAUGCUGAUUUGGAUGAAAUUGUUUCCAAUGACUGUUUGAAUGUAGCUACUGAAGAGACUGUUUUUUAUGCACUUGAGUCUUGGAUCAAGUAUGAUGUACAAGAACGCCAGAAAUACUUAGCGCAGCUACUAAACAGUGUGCGAUUACCAUUGCUGAGUGUUAAGUUUCUCACUAGACUGUAUGAAGCAAAUCAUCUUAUUCGUGAUGAUCGCACUUGUAAACAUCUUUUGAAUGAAGCCCUAAAGUACCACUUUAUGCCUGAACACAGACUCUCACAUCAGACAGUCUUGAUGACAAGACCUCGCUGUGCUCCCAAAGUACUUUGUGCAGUAGGAGGAAAAUCUGGAUUGUUUGCCUGUUUGGAUAGUGUGGAGAUGUACUUUCCUCAGAAUGACUCUUGGAUUGGUUUGGCACCCCUAAACAUUCCUCGCUAUGAAUUUGGAAUAUGUGUUUUAGACCAAAAAGUGUAUGUUAUAGGUGGUAUUGAAACUAAUGUGCGUCCUGGGGUCACUGUCAGAAAACAUGAAAAUUCAGUAGAAUGCUGGAAUCCUGAUACAAAUACGUGGACUUCUCUCGAGAGAAUGAAUGAGAGCCGAAGUACCCUUGGAGUAGUAGUACUUGCUGGAGAACUUUAUGCUUUAGGUGGUUAUGAUGGCCAAUCUUACUUACAAUCUGUUGAGAAAUAUAAUCCCAAAAUAAGAAAAUGGCAACCUGUGGCACCGAUGACUACAACAAGAAGUUGUUUUGCUGCAGCGGUGUUAGAUGGAAUGAUAUAUGCCAUUGGUGGGUAUGGUCCUGCCCACAUGAACAGUGUGGAACGUUAUGACCCAAGUAAGGACUCCUGGGAGGUGGUUGCAUCGAUGGCAGAUAAAAGGAUCCACUUUGGUGUGGGUGUCAUGUUAGGCUUUAUUUUUGUGGUGGGUGGACAUAAUGGUGUCUCACAUUUGUCAAGCAUUGAAAGAUAUGAUCCUCAUCAAAAUCAGUGGACUGUGUGUAGGCCAAUGAAAGAACCCAGAACAGGAGUCGGUGCUGCAGUAAUUGACAACUACCUUUAUGUGGUUGGUGGUCACUCAGGGUCUUCCUAUCUGAAUACUGUGCAGAAAUAUGACCCAAUCUCGGAUACAUGGCUGGAUUCAGCUGGCAUGAUAUACUGUCGCUGCAAUUUUGGAUUAACUGCACUUUGACAAGUGUGGACUCAUGGGAAUAGUGUGGUGAAGAACCUUGUGCCACAUGAACAGAUGCUCAAUUUUCUGAAACCCAAAAGUUACAGUACUUUCUUUUUAACUUGAAAUGGCAUGAAGACUCAACAUUUUGUUGGGUACUUUGAACUGAUAAGUAACUUUGGUUGCUCUUGAUUACACAGUGAAUCAAUGAUCCAAUAGAAAGAAAGGAAAAAGGAAAAAGUUUCACCAAUUGAUUUGUGCACCUUUUUUCCUCUAAUAGGGUUAGAGUAGUUGUAUGUUCAUAAGUGUAUAUGUGGAGAAGAAAAAAUCUUGCUGCUUUUAAAAAAAUGUUAGCUCUCUCCCUCUUCCUUGAUUUGCACCAUGAUUUACUAGGAUCAGAGAUGCUUAGAUAUUAGAGUGUACUGAAUGACUGGACAGAGUGCUAAUACUGUCCGUUGGGUGUAAAUUCCUAUGCUUCACAUUUUUAAACAAACAAAGGGCUUCCUUUUUUUUUUUUUGGUACUUCUAAGGGUUGUAAAUUACAUGCCACAGUGAAUCACCUGGAUAUUCUUCCUGCUAAUGGCUUUAGGACUGGGAUGUAGUAAAUUUGCAAGACAAAUGCUUUUACUGUCAUAUUUGGGGGCCCAUUUUAAGAAGUCAGAUACUUAGUGCUUAUGCCUUUUUUGUCUGGGCAGGUGAAUGCUGGAUGAAUUUAGUUACCCAUCUUCCAUAUGCUAAGCAUGCAUAGAAAGAGUUAAGCAUAUCAGUUUCAGGGUUUUGUUUUUGUUUUUUUAGUAGUACAGCAGAUUUCCCAGUGUUGAUGUAAAUAUUCGACAAAUGUUUAAUACCACUUUAAUGCAUAUUGAUUUUUUCAUAUAUCCUUAUAAAUAAUUUAAGAUUUUUAAGACUUGCUUUUUCAAAGUGUUCAGAUAUAAAAAUGGUGCUAACUAUAAGAUCUAUAACAAGGCUAUAAUAAUGUUUCUUUGGAUGUUCUGUAUGAGAUGCAUGACAUGUUUUGAUAGUGUUUUUCAUUUUUACUGGCUUGGGUUCAUUCGUACUUAUUAAAAAUGUUAGUGAUUAUACUAAUGUUGACAUCCAAAAACCAUCUAAUAGGCCUGUGUUAUGCUUUUCAUGGUUUCUGAAAAGUGAUUUAAAGACAGAUACAUUCUUUAUCUUUCUUCUAGUGCUAGGUAUUAUAUGUCCUUAAAAACAAAUAAUAUGCAUUAAAUAUAAAGCACUAGGCCAUUUUGCAUUUCUUCAUAUAUUUUUUAGGUAACUGAAUAUUUUAAAGUUAUUGAGGAAAACUGGAACUUGAUGUUUACUUGAGUAAUGUUCUAAAUUCAGUUCUACUUAGACUAAAAGAAAGAAUCUUUGAAAGCAAAAAUUCUUUGCUAUAGCCAAGUAACAGCUUAUUUAAUAAAAGUGGUUAACUCAUUUUGUUCUAGCAUAUUUUAGUAAAUGUCUGUUAGUCUUGAACACUUUGAAUUUUUAUUAGGAUGUCGGUACUUCUAUUUUUGGUACUGUAGUCAUUUUCCUUCAUUUAUUUUUAACUUGCCUGCUAUCUCUUUAUAGUCUCUGCAAUUCCUGUGUAUUUUGUUUCCUAAUAAUAAAUUCAUACUGCAUUCUUAAGUGCCAUAAUGUCCCAAACUAUUGUUAAAAAGCCAUUUGUAAUUAUAAAACAUAGGUUCAUUUGUUAGCAUAUAUAAUAUUUCUUGAAAACUAUUUAUAGCCAGGCAAUUUGCAGUUUUUCUUGUUCUUCCAUAAACUGCCAGUUGUAGAUUUAAAUAUGUACUUCAAAACUAUGUAAAAUCAUCUUUGAUCAUGUAGGUAGUAUCAUGCUUUAUGAAUAUUUGCACAAAUUAUAAAACCUUGCAAGCGAUUUUUAGUCUCUUCUAAUUAAGAACUCAACAGGAGCUACUAAUAUAAUUGACAGAUUAAGUAUUUUCUAUGUUGCUUGUUUGAAUAACAAUGAUAUAUAGCAAUAACUUUUUAAUUGAUUUGAAUGAAUCUAUUAAAUAGAAAUAAGGUGCACUAUUGUGAUUGAUGUAGACUUCUUUUAAAGAAAAGCAAUUUAAAAUAGAGUCCAUCACAUGCUUAAUUUUAAAUACCCGCCUCAGUUUUCUUUCUGUUUAUAUCAAAUUGUUAAAUACAUAAUAUUCCCCUAUUUUUAAUCCCUUUUCUCCAGAAGAUAAAGGCAUUUGAAAUACUAUAGAAAUUUAUUUUAAUUGUAAACAAAUCUAUACAAUGUUUUACUCAUAUAUCAUCCCCACUAUCAAAUUAGUAUAAAAUAAAAUAUCAUUUGGCAAAUUAGACCAAAGGCUUAUAUUGAUCAUUGUUUUGGAAAAAUCUAAAUUUCGUCUUGGUGUAGACUAAAUAUGAAACAUUGUGGGCAAUAAUAAGAAGCCAUAGACCAGAGAACAAAUUAUGAAAACCUGUGAAAAGAAGAGAGGUGGAGGGGGAACCCUAAUUCAGAAAUAUUUAUUCCAGGUUUGCUAAACCUACUGCACUGUUCAUAACAGCCAGAGGUAUUGUGACUUGACAACUGAUAACUUUAUAAUAGAGCCUUCUUGUACAGAUUUGUGAGAAGUUUCAUCAUGAACACUUUGCUGACAAAUUGUGAAUUUAAAGUCACAUUAUUUGUUAUGUUAAAAAGGAUCAGAAUGUUUGACUAUAAAUUCCCAGAGUUCAAAUAUUAGAGGUAAUUUUAUAUACUCAAGCAAAGAGGAGAAAGUUAAGAUCGCCCAUUUUGGAAAUCUUACUGGAAAAAAGUGAGUGGGAAAUACAAUUAAUCAUUUGGAAGACAAUUGCCUUCUAUAAUUAUGUUAUGAAUGCUUAAUCUGUUAGGAAUGUUUCACUAUUUAAUAUUAUUGAAUAUAGUAAUAGAACUUUGGUGUUUUUUAAUGAAGCCCCAAAGUAUAUUUAUAUAAGUUCCAUGUUACUACUAGUACUAUUUUAAAUGUGAGUAUUAAAUUAUAGGAAGUGGUACCAAUUGAUAGGAAAAUGGCAUUAGGUUUUGAAAAAUUUGAAUGACAAAUUAUGGAGGGUCUACUAUAUGUAUGAGGUAUUGUGCUAGAUGCUAUAGGGGCUCAAAAUGUAAAUAAGAUAGAGUCUUUUCACUCAAAAGAGUAAAAUCUAGUGAGGGAGACCUAACUAUUACAAUAAAGUAUGAAUCUAAUUCCUUAUCUUCAACAUCGUAAGAAGACAUUAGAGACACAGUUUAUGUAUAAACAUUUGUGUCCUUUAGUGUCCAAUUAGGUGGAUAUGAAGAAUUAUUUAAAAACCCUGAUAUUAGAAUUCCAAAUUUCCUGGAUGGGAUAAUAUAUUUUCUAGUAGAAAAACUUAUAAAACUUCUAAGGAAUUACUUACUUUAUUAUCAAGGCUCUGGCUAACAUUGAGGAAAUAUAUGUACAUAAGAUACUGUUUGUUUUCAGUUUUGGUCUUGGAUUUCUGUUACUGUCACCUAAGUGCUCAUCUUCAGGAACAUCAGAUUCAACAAUAAAUAUGCUAUAAACUUGUGAUAACCUCUAUAACCUCUGUAGUCUGAAAGUUAAGCAACUAAGAUGUCACAUGUCAAGUUAACAUCCAGUUCUACUUCUUAAUUUUUUUUCCUUUGUAAAACAGCACUUUAAAUUAAGCACGAUUUAAUCAGAUAUGAUUAUUCUGUAGGUGGAUAUAUAUUGGAUUUUUAUUUAUAGUGUGCUGAUUUGAUGUUGAUACAAAUUUGAAAAGACUGAGGAAUAUAAUAAGUUUUAAAUAUUAUAGGUUUACAAGUUUUCUUAACUGAUGUGAAUAUGGAGUCAAAUAAAAAUCCAGUUUACAUCUCUGCAGAGAGAAAAAUUGUUAUCCAUAUGUCUUUUAUAUUACACAUAUUUAGAUAUAAUUUAUUGUUAAUAUUGUUAUCAUGUAUAAGUCCCAUUUAUUUUAAAAUACUAAGCAAAAAUUUCCAAGUUUGCCUUAAAAUACAAGUGAAAUUAAAGAACUGGAUGAUAAUGCCUAUAUUUUUGCCUUAUGAAUUGUGCUGUAUCAUAAACCAGAAAUGGUUUUGAUUUUAACAGGAUUCUGAAAUUUUGUAGAUGUAGAGUACUAAUACUUGUACUCUUGCAAAGAAUGUGAUCUAGUUGUGGGUUAUGUUAAUGUUUAAAUGUUCUUGUAUAUGUAUUUUACCUCUGAAUACCUAUCUUUUUAGCAUCAGGGUCUUAUUUUACUUUUGUUUACAUAGUAAAGUGGCAUUUAACAUGUUGAAGGUUGUAUUCUUUUUUUUUUAUUUUAAAAGUUCCUUGUGUGUACAUCAUAGUAAUGCUCUGUAAUGACUGGUUAAAUUUCAUGUAAAGUGAAAUAUUUAAAAUAAAUUUUAAAAACAUGA